GCUAAAAAAGGCGUCAACAUCCGGUUGUAAAUAAAUGGCGACGAGCGACAAAAGACUAGUGAAGUCCAAAAGUGGACUGAGAAUGAUGUACAUGGAUGAAAGAAUUCAAAGUCCAUUUGUCAUUCAAGAACCACCAUGGACAGAUUCCACACAAUGUGAAAAAUGUCAAGUCAAGUUUGAUUUUAUUAAAAGAAAACAUCACUGCCGACGCUGUGGAAAAUGCCUGUGUGACAGCUGCUGCAAAAAUCAAGCCACACUUCCCAGGAUGGGAUUCAUUGAUCCUGUCCGGCACUGCCAGUCUUGUAUGACUAUCACCAAAAAAGAAAAUGAGUUUUUUGACAAACACAUAAAAACACUCCUGGCAGGUGGGCAGUUCAAGCUGUACAGAGAUGAUGAUGAUUCUGAAUAUCUCUCAGGCAACGUCAUCAAAUGUGCCCUCUCAACAGACCAUCGGUAUCUUCAGUUUGAAGGUGAUGUUGAGGGAUUGGAGAACAUUUACAUAGGAAAACUUGAAUCAGUACAAAUUGCUGCUGUCUCAAUUGACCACCAAGGAAACAGGUUUGGGACAGGGAUAGCUAUUCGCUAUGUCAAUGCUCUAGGUAACACUGCCAUGAUAAAGUUAAAUGUUGAUGAUGGCGCUGCUCAUAAGCAAAGCACAGCCUGGGUAGCAGCUAUGCAUAAGGCUUUCACGUUAGUGUACGAAUCUCGGAAAACAAAUACUUGAUGGCAAGAGGAGAAAUCAGCAAACUGCUCUAUGGAGUUGAGAUGGUGGACCAACCAAAGAAUUUAUGAAUUAAUGAAGCGUGAUGUAAGAAAGCCUAACAGCUGUAGAUUAUGUUCUUUUUUUUGCAACUAUACAUAACUAUUUACUAACAACUGAAUUAUAUCUUGUAUGAUAUGCAGAACAGAAGUGAUUAAAAUGUAACAUGACUUAUUAAUUAAUAU